AUACAUGCAUGAAUGAACUCCAUUGAUCUCAUAUAUAUGUAUUGAUUUUUCUUAGGUUCUUUGAAGAAAGAUCCGUCAAUGGAUCCGUCGACCGGGAAUUUACAGGUCCUAAAUGCGCUCGACGGAGCAAAAACACAAUGGUACCACUUCACGGCGAUUGUUAUCGCCGGAAUGGGGUUCUUCACGGAUGCUUAUGAUCUGUUCUGCAUCUCUCUCGUCACCAAAUUGCUUGGCCGUAUUUACUAUCACAAAGAAGGAUCGCCAACGCCGGGAAGUUUACCACCUGAGGUCUCUGCCGCCGUGAACGGUGUUGCACUUGUCGGAACCCUAGCCGGGCAGUUGUUUUUUGGGUGGUUGGGUGAUAAACUGGGUAGAAAGAAAGUGUAUGGAAUCACGCUCAUGCUGAUGUGUCUUUGCUCCAUCGCCUCCGGUUUGUCGUUUGGCAGCCACCCAAAGGGGGUGAUGACUACUCUUUGUUUUUUCCGGUUUUGGUUAGGGUUUGGGAUCGGUGGUGAUUACCCCCUCUCAGCCACCAUCAUGUCGGAAUAUUCCAAUAAGAAAACUCGUGGUGGGUUUAUUGCGGCGGUUUUUGCCAUGCAAGGAUUCGGGAUCUUGGGAGGAGGAGUGUUUGCCAUAAUGAUAUCGGCGAUAUUUAAUAGCAGAUUCAAAGCACCGCCGUAUGAAGUAGAUCCGAUAAAGUCCACGGUACCAGAAGCUGAUUACGUUUGGAGGAUUGUUCUAAUGGUCGGAGCUCUUCCAGCAUUGCUAACUUACUACUGGAGAAUGAAGAUGCCGGAAACAGCCCGGUUCACUGCUCUGGUGGCGAAAAACGCCAAGAAAGCAGCUUCCGACAUGUCUAAAGUUCUCCAAGUCGACAUAGAAGCUGAGCAAGAGAAGGUUGAUGAGGUGAUGGAGGAUUCAAAACACAGUUUCGGGCUUUUUAGUAAAGAGUUUGCCAAACGCCAUGGCCUCCAUUUGCUUGGAACUACGAGCACUUGGUUCUUGCUUGAUAUCGCAUUCUACAGUCAAAAUCUUUUCCAGAAAGACAUAUUCAGUGCCAUCGGAUGGAUCCCUCCGGCAAAGACCAUGAACGCAAUUCAAGAAGUUUACAAAAUCGCGAGAGCUCAAACUCUCAUCGCCCUUUGUAGCACAGUCCCUGGAUAUUGGUUCACCGUGUUUUUAAUCGACAAAAUGGGACGAUUUACAAUUCAACUCCUCGGAUUUUCGAUGAUGACAAUCUUCAUGUUUGUUUUAGCAUUCCCUUAUAACUAUUGGACUCAUCCCGAAAACAACAUUAAGUUCGUAGUGAUCUACUCGUUAACUUUCUUCUUUGCCAACUUCGGGCCAAACGCCACCACAUUCGUUGUACCGGCAGAGAUUUUUCCGGCGAGACUGAGGUCGACUUGCCAUGGAAUAUCAGCAGCAUCUGGGAAACUGGGAGCGAUAGUUGGGGCAUUCGGGUUCUUGUACUUGGCUCAGAGUAAAGAUCCUAAGAAGACGUCCGAAGGGUAUCCUCCGGGAAUCGGAGUGAAGAACUCGUUGAUUGUGUUGGGUGUGAUCAAUCUUUUGGGAACCUUGUGUACUUUCUUGGUGCCGGAAACGAAGGGGAAAUCUCUUGAGGAAAUGUCCGGCGAGAAUGAAGAGGAAACCGGCGAGACACGAGCGUAACUGUUGGUGGUAGCGAAUCGAGCGCCUCAUAAAAAUUCAGGCCACUUAUUCGCAGAUUAGG